UUGAGUGGAUGAUUUUGACCACCAUCAUCGCCAACUGCAUCGUACUGGCUCUCGAACAACACUUACCAGUUGGAGAUAAAACUCCACUGUCAGAACGACUGGAAGAGACGGAGCCCUAUUUCAUUGCUAUUUUCUGUUUUGAGUCGGGCAUUAAGAUUCUGGCGCUGGGAUUCGCCUUCCACAAGGGCUCCUACCUGAGAAACGGCUGGAACGUCAUGGAUUUUGUUGUGGUGCUCACAGGUAUCCUGUCCUCCGUGGGGUCAGAAUUAGACCUGCGGACACUGCGAGCAGUCAGAGUGUUACGGCCGCUAAAACUGGUGUCAGGAAUUCCUAGCCUGCAGGUGGUGCUGAAGUCCAUCAUGAAGGCCAUGAUUCCACUGCUGCAAAUUGGUGUGCUUUUAUUUGUGGCCAUUCUUAUGUUUGCCAUUAUUGGCCUGGAGUUCUACAUGGGCAAAUUCCACACCACGUGCUUCAACACCAUCACUGGUGAGAUGUAUGAUGAACGGCCGUGUGGAGCUCGGACAUGUGAUGCGAACAAUACUGAAUGCACAGGUUACUGGCUUGGGCCUAACUAUGGAAUCACACAGUUCGACAAUGUGCUUUUUGCUGUGCUCACUGUAUUCCAGUGCAUCACCAUGGAGGGCUGGACUGAUAUGCUUUAUUAUAGCAAUGAUGCCUUAGGGAGUGCCUGGAACUGGAUGUACUUUGUUCCGCUCAUCAUUAUUGGAUCCUUCUUCAUGCUUAAUCUGGUGUUGGGUGUCCUCUCAGGUGAGUUUGCCAAAGAAAGAGAGCGUGUGGAAAACAGGAGUGAGUUCCUCAAGCUCAAACGGCAGCAGCAGAUCGAGAGAGAGCUCAACGGUUACCUGGAGUGGAUCUGCAAAGCAGAAGAGGUCAUACUCGCAGAGGACGACAAUGACACCGGAUCUCGACGAAGACCCACAUUAAAGAAAAAUAAAGCUGACCUGUUAAAUCCAGAAGAAGGAGAGGACCAUAUGGGAGAUGCAGUUGGCUCACCUUUUGCUCGUGCAAGCAUGAGCGGGAAGGGUGAUGAAACCCCAUUUAGCAAGAAAGAGCGACGUCUUCGCUUCCUUAUUCGAAAGAUGGUCAAGACUCAGGCGUUUUACUGGACCGUCAUUAGCCUGGUUGCACUCAACACACUGUGUGUGGCUGUAGUACACUACGAUCAGCCUGAGCUACUGUCAGACUUCCUCUAUUAUGCUGAGUUCAUUUUCCUAGGCCUCUUUAUGUCAGAGAUGCUGAUUAAGAUGUACGGACUGGGGACGCGCCCUUAUUUCCACUCUUCAUUCAACUGUUUCGACUGUGCCGUCAUCGUUGGCAGUAUAUUUGAGGUGGUUUGGGCCAUGGUGAAACCCGGGACGUCCUUUGGAAUCAGCGUGUUACGAGCUCUAAGACUGCUUAGGAUCUUCAAAGUCACCAAAUACUGGGCAUCGUUGCGCAAUUUAGUAGUGUCUCUUCUGAACUCAAUGAAGUCCAUCAUCAGUUUACUGUUCCUUCUCUUCCUUUUCAUCGUGGUCUUCGCUCUUCUCGGCAUGCAGCUCUUCGGUGGACAGUUUAAUUUUGAACUGGGCACUCCUCCCACAAACUUUGAUACUUUCCCCGCUGCCAUUAUGACAGUGUUUCAGAUUCUAACAGGAGAGGAUUGGAAUGUGGUGAUGUAUGACGGCAUUAAGUCUCAGGGUGGUGUGGACAAAGGAAUGAUCUUCUCCGUAUUUUUCAUUGUGCUCACACUUUUUGGCAACUACACACUACUGAAUGUAUUCUUGGCUAUCGCUGUCGACAACCUGGCCAACGCUCAGGAACUAACUAAGGAUGAGCAAGAGGAAGAGGAGGCCACAACACAAAAGAUGGCUCUUCAGAAAGCGAAAGAAGUGGCAGAAGUGAGCCCGCUGUCUGCUGCAAACCUCUCUAUUGCUGCUAAAGAGCAGCAGAAGAACUCGAAAGGUUCGAAGUCGGUGUGGGAGCAGCGCACAAGUGAGAUCCGCAGACAGAACCUGAUGACCAGCAGAGAGGCACUUUAUAAUGAACUUGAUGCUGAAGAUCACUGGAAGAUGAACUACCGUAACCGUCCUGACGUGAAGACCCACUUGGACCGUCCACUAGUUGUCAAUCCUCAGGAGAACCGCAACAACAACACCAACAAGCCCCGACCCGACGAACCAAACCCCCAGGAGCGAAGCGAAGAGAACCCAUCCAGAUCCCAUCACCAUCACAGCCACCAUCACCACCACCACCACCACCACCACACUCACCACUCCAGCCGCCAGUCCCUGCACCACCCAGAGCUGGCUGAGACCGGCUUCGAAUGUGACGCGGAGGGCGCCGGUGAGCACAGGCGACCCCGACACCACCAGCACAGGCGGAGGGAUGAAGAUGGUGGAGAGAGAGGGAGGAAACACAGAGAUCAUCACAGCAGAGGAGAGACGGCUGGAGGAGAAGCAGAGGACGGACAGGAGAAGAGGCAGAGGAGACAUCGACAUGCAAACCACGGGGAUGGAGAGGGGAGAAGGGAGAGGAGUCGACAGCAUCGCAAUAAGAAAGAUGGUAGUUUAUCAAUGGCUCGUCCAAUUCAGCCAGGACUUCCUCACACUGAGAGCCAGUACAGCGAGGAUCUGGAUAACCUGCGCAACAGCAGCAAGAUGGCCAUUCACGAUCCUGACCCUGACCCUGACCUCUAUGACCCUUACUAUGACCCAGAGCAGGCCAAUAACCUGCUGAACCUGCGUGGACCAGAUCUUCACGACAGCAGUCUCAUUCUGACAGACUCCAGCAAACUGGAGCACACCGCCAUAGAUAUGCCCCCCAUUUACCCUUCACUCAAUGCCAAGCUACAAGUGAACAAGAAUGCCAACACAGAACCAGCUAAAGAAGGGGAGAAGAAAGAGGAGGAGGAAGACGAUGGUGGCGAUGAAGAAGGGCACAAACGCAUACCACCAUUUAGUUCUUGUUUCAUCCUAUCCACAACCAACCCCUUCCGGAGAUGCUGUCACUACAUCCUGACUCUACGUUAUUUCGAGAUGUGUAUUCUGUCCGUUAUUGCUAUGAGCAGCAUCGCGUUAGCAGCAGAAGAUCCCGUCUCACAGGAUUCAGAGAGAAACCAAGUUUUGCGUUAUUUUGACUACGUCUUUACUGGAGUGUUCACCUUUGAGAUGCUUAUCAAGAUGGUGGUGUUAGGCUUGAUUUUACACGAGGGCUCAUAUUUUCGUGACCUGUGGAACUUUCUGGACUUUGUAGUGGUUAGUGGUGCCCUGGUAGCCUUUGCCUUCACGGGGAGCAGUAAGGGGAAAGACAUCAGUAUCAUCAAGUCUCUGAGGGUUCUAAGGGUGCUGCGUCCACUCAAGACCAUCAAACGUCUUCCGAAACUAAAAGCGGUGUUUGACUGUGUAGUAAACUCUCUGAAGAAUGUGUUGAACAUCCUCAUUGUCUACAUGCUGUUUAUGUUCAUCUUCGCUGUGGUGGCCGUGCAGCUUUUUAAAGGACGAUUCUUUUACUGCACUGAUGAGUCUAAAGAGUUCGCCCGAGACUGCAGGGGCGAAUAUUUGGUGUACGAGCGCGAUAACGAGGUCAAAUCUCAGAAGCGGGAGUGGAAGAAGUACGAUUUCCACUACGACAAUGUGCUUUGGGCCCUGCUUACUCUCUUUACUGUGUCCACUGGAGAGGGAUGGCCAGAUGUGUUGAAGCACUCUGUGGACUCCACUUACGAGAAUCAGGGCCCGAGCCCGGGAUAUAGGAUGGAAAUGUCCAUCUUUUACGUGGUGUACUUCGUUGUCUUCCCCUUCUUCUUCGUAAACAUUUUUGUAGCUCUCAUCAUCAUCACCUUCCAAGAGCAAGGAGACAAGAUGAUGGAGGACUACAGCCUCGAAAAAAAUGAGAGAGCCUGUAUUGAUUUUGCUAUAAAUGCCAAACCUCUAACGCGCCACAUGCCUCAGAACAAGCAAAGCUUUCAGUACCGAAUGUGGCAGUUCGUGGUGUCGCCUCCGUUUGAGUACAGUAUCAUGUCUCUCAUUGCGCUCAACACCAUCAUACUUAUGAUGAAGUAUAAUGGGGCCUCCGAUGCGUAUGACAAAGUCCUGAAGAACCUGAAUAUCGUGUUCACCACAUUCUUCUUUAUGGAGAGUAUUCUGAAAAUCAUUGCCUUCGGUGCCAGAAAUUAUUUCAGAGAUGCUUGGAAUAUUUUUGAUUUUGUGUCUGUUAUCGGCAGCAUCACUGAUAUUUUAGUGACUGAGCUCGUGAAUAACUUCAUAAACCUGAGUUUUCUGAGACUCUUUCGAGCAGCUCGUCUCAUUAAGCUCUUGCGGCAGGGCGAGACCAUUCGCAUUCUGCUCUGGACCUUCGUUCAGUCAUUUAAGGCUCUGCCAUAUGUGUGCCUGCUCAUUGCAAUUCUGUUUUUCAUCUACGCCAUCAUUGGCAUGCAGCUGUUUGGGAACUUGGCCCUGGAUGACGAAGGAGCGAUCAAUGAACACAAUAAUUUCAGAACCUUCUUCAUGGCCCUCAUGCUCCUCUUCAGGAGUGCCACAGGCGAGGCGUGGCAUGAUAUCAUGCUGUCGUGUCUGGGAGGAAUGCCCUGUGAGCCGGAUGAGAAAAAUCCUGGAGCAGAAUGUGGCAGCAAUGUGGCCUAUGCAUACUUUGUCUCUUUCAUCUUUCUCUGUUCGUUCCUGAUGCUGAAUCUUUUCGUGGCUGUCAUCAUGGAUAACUUUGAGUACUUGACCAGGGACUCCUCCAUCCUGGGUCCGCAUCAUUUGGAUGAGUAUGUCAGGAUAUGGGCAGAGUACGACCCUGCAGCCUGCGGGCGCAUUCAUUAUAAGGAUAUGUACAGUUUAUUGCGGGUUAUCGACCCCCCGCUGGGCUUAGGCAAGAAAUGUCCUCAUAGGGUGGCCUGCAAGAGACUGCUCCGUAUGGACCUGCCUGUUGCUGAUGACAACACGGUGCAUUUCAACUCCACUCUGAUGGCCUUGAUUCGCACAGCACUGGACAUCAAAAUCGCCAAGGGAGGAGCGGACAAACACCAGAUGGACGCCGAGCUCCGUAAAGAAAUGAUGGCGAUUUGGCCAAAUCUCUCUCAGAAGAACCUGGAUCUGCUGGUAACGCCACACAAGUCAGCGACAGACCUGACAGUGGGCAAGAUCUACGCCGCCAUGAUGAUCAUGGAGUACUACCGGCAGAGCAAAGCCAAAAAGCUGCAGGCACUUCGUGAGGAGCAGAACCGAACGCCAUUAAUGUUUCAGCGAAUGGAGCCGUCCCCGAACCAGGAAGGGGGACCGGGGCUGAAUGGUCUGCCCGAGCUGCCGCAGGAGCCCGUCAACAGCCUGCCUCCGGACGUUGGAAUGAAUGAAAGCCAGUCAUGGGUGACGUCACGCGCACAGGAAAUGUGCCAGAAGUCCGUUCCGGAAAACUGGAACCCUGACAGACCGUAUCCUGAUGACCAUCAUGACAGCCGCCACAAUCCACAGACGGUAGAAAUGAGAGAGAUUGGGCCUGUUGGGGACGGUUACUCGGACACUGAGCCCUAUCACCCAAUGGAAGGGCAUGGCCGGACCAUCUCCAUGCCUCGCCUCUCUGCAGACAACCAACGACGGAGACACAGGCCGCGAGGAAGUAAUCUCAGUACCAUCACCGACACAAGUCCAAUGCGUCGUUCUACAUCCUCAUUGGUCCAUGGGCGUUCAGGUCGAGGCGUGCGAUUGGAUGAUUACUCUCUGGAACGGGUGGUGUCAGAGGAGGGUCACCGACAUGCUCCCCGAAGGAGAGAUCGUGAUCGAGACCGAGAUCGCAGUCAUCGCACCUCAGAGAGAUCCCUCGCUCGCUAUACAGAUGCAGACACAGGUCUGGGCACAGAUCUUAGCACCACUACACAGUCGGGUGACCUCCCACCUAAAGAGAGGGAACGAGAACGGGGUCGAGCGAAAGAUCGUCGCCACCAUCACCACCAUCAUCACCACCACAGCUCGGUGGAUAAAGAUCGGUACAGUCACGAGCGCGACUACCAUCGUCAUCCUCAUGACAGAUCUGAUCGCCACUGGUCCCGCUCUCCGAGUGAGGGCAGAGGGCACAGACAGGGCAGUAGUUCUGUGAGCGGAAGCCCCGUUCCCUCGACGUCGGGGACCAGCACCCCCCGGCGUGGCCGUCGCCAGUUGCCCCAGACCCCGUCCACUCCUCGCCCUCAUGUCACCUACUCCCCUGCGGUCCGCAAGCCUCCAUAUGGCUCCCCAGGCCAGGGUCGACUCCGCUCCCCUUCUCCGCGCAACUUCUCUCCGCCAGGUCAUGAACCGCCGUACCAUCGUCCACCCUCCCGCCAUGCCUCACCCCAUCCUGGCUCACCCCGGCACGCCUCUCCACGCUCCCCCAGGCACACGUCACCUAGGUCCCCUCGUCACGGCCGCUGGGGCCCUCCGGUGGACAGCCUAGAGGGUGAUGGUACUUUCUACGAACGGGACUAUGAGUAUGAGCGCCACCAUGAGCCGCCAGCCUACGAACAGAGUUUAUCACAGGGCAACCCCCACCCACAUUCACACCCUCAUCCCCGGUCACCAAGGACUGCUCGUCACGGGCCUCAACCACACCCGCGGCGUAUGCCUAACGGCUACCGUUCCUCCUCGCCCUCCCCGCACCGGCGCGGCCCCCACCCAGGCCCACACCGGCCACCGCAUGGCCGUGGGCCCCGGAAGGGGUUGCACGAACAAUAUAGCGAGACGGACGAGGAUGAUUGGUGUUAAUGCGCUGGGUGGCCAGUAGGGGGCACUACUUGUCUCAAACCAAGAUGUUUAUGCAGCGCAGCACUGAGAGAGGGGGGAAGGGGAAAAGCAAACGGGGCUAAUGUGCCAUCGUGGAACUCUAAGCUUCCCUACUCCCUCUCUCUCUUUUUCUCUAUUGCUUUCUCUUGCUCUCUGGACUACGUUGACUCCCAAAGUUGGGAAUGGGAGCGUAUGAGAGAUCAAUGGGGUGGUUGCGUUUGGAUGGACUGAACUUUAAAGAUCAGAGUCGCUGUGUUAUGUGUAACGCUCCACCUCAGACUGAGCAAGAUUGAUUGCUUCUUGCCUGAUGGGAAAAAAUGAGGAGCAACAUCCUCUGUCAAUCAAGAAAAAAAAAUGGAAAAAAAAAGGAGUUUUGAAAAUGAAGCCAGAACCCCCUUUUCCCCCCUCACAUCUAUGCCUCUUGAAAAGACACAAAAAAUCAAAUGGGAAGAAAAAAACAGACAUUGUUGAAGAAAAAGCAAGUGCUCUUGUGAGCAAGAGCUCUACCUACUGCAAAACCAGCCCCAUGUGCUGGCUGAUAUCGAUGAGUUUUAUCAUCAACGUUUACUGUUACCAACUCAAGAUGCUGAGUGACCUCAUCACCUGGGGGAGGGGUUAACCGUCAAAGAGGCGUGGCAUGUGAAAGGACCCAGUGCAGGCAAGAGAAGGUGGGUGGGCGUGGCACACCCAAACCCCGCCCACAAACUGCCACUCAGUCCUGACAAGGAAAGACAGUGUGCAAAGAAGGAAACAGCAGAUGAGGGAGGGACGAAAAAGACUAUUUUCUCUUCAGAAUGUCUUCAAUUGAUUACUACUUCUUUUUGAACAUUUGGAGCUUGGUUAUUCUGUUGCAUUUGCUCAACUUUCUUUGAUAUUUUUGGACUAAAAUCUGAUGGAAACUU